AUGAUCUUUGGCCGCGGCAUAGACGCCCUGGGCUGCGUGCUGGACGCGGGGGAGGAGGUCGGGGCGGUGCAGCGCAAGGGGUCCUAUUACUACCGGGGUGACACCAAGCUGGGCCAGGGCCGGGAGAAGGCGCUGCAGUUCCUCAGGGAGAACCCAGAGGUGGGGGAGGGGGGUUGGUCGGGCGGUAGGGGUUCCAUGCUGCCGCCGCCGCCGCCGCUGCCGCCGCCGCCGCCGCUGCUGCUGCUGCUGCUGCUGCUGCUGCCGAUGCUGCUGCUGCUGCUGGCGAUGCUGCUGCUGCUGCCGCUGCUGCUGCUGCUAGCUGCAGCAGCAGCAACAGCAACAGCAUGA